ACCAAAGGCGGAAAAACCAGGAGACAGUGUGCAGUGGGGUGAGGGUGCCAUGGGUCCCCUGCAGUUGCAGCAGUUGACGGUGGUGGGGCUUCUCAAGGAGCCUGUGUUCCACGUGGCAAAGUGUACAGCAGAGGCUCUGAGGCUGAAUUUUCCGACCAAGAUUGCAGAGCCUGUAGUGCUUCCUCUAUUAGAAUUUGCAUGGCAUGAAUAUUUACAGGAGAAAAAAAAGGAACUGAAAGGUGAAACCUGGGAGUAUCCCUCCAGCGUGAUGUGUUUUAUUGAUGGCCAACUGCUGGGAAGUGAACAAGAACUGCUCAAGUGGGCUUAUGACAAGUGGAACUACCAAGAUUUUAAACCUGUGGCACUUUACCAAGCUAUUACUGAGGAUUUUUGCACCAAACAUAUGCAAAACACCAAGCAUGUGUUUGUGUACUUGGACAUAGCUAUUCAGGAGCAGCCCACAGGCACCUUGUUAUUUGAGCUCUAUUCUGAUAUGUGCCCCAAAACCUGUGAGAAUUUUCGCUCUUUGUGUACAGGAGAAGCAGGGACCUCUCGCAGUGGUCUGGAGCUUACUUAUAAAGAGUCAGUUUUUCAUCGAUUAGUAAAAAAUGGCUGGCUACAAGGAGGAGACAUAACAGCUGGAAGAGGAAAUGGUGGUGAGUCAAUUUAUGGACCCACUUUUGAAGAUGAAAACUUUUCCAUUCCUCACAACAAAAGAGGGAUUCUUGGGAUGGCCAACAAGGGACGUCACAGCAAUGGUUCACAAUUUUAUGUCACACUACAGCCAGCUCCCUAUAUGGAUAAAAAAUAUGUGGCUUUUGGACAGCUGAUUGAAGGUACAGAAGUUCUUCAGAAACUAGAAGAUGUAUCUACGUACAAUGAAAGGCCUGUAGUAGAAUGUAAAAUUAUUAACUGUGGUGUUCUUGUGCCUUGAUUACAGCCAAUUUCACUUCCUACUGUAAUGUGUAAAAAUGCAUAUGUUUCUGACCAGCCUUUUGUAGAUUUUGUAGGCUUUUUAAAUCUAAAAUAGCAUUUUUAUACAUCUAAACUUUAGCUUGAUAUUUUUUCUAUUCUAAACAUGUUCAUGGUUUGUUCACUUACAUUAAUAUACUAAUGGGCUUGGGAAUUUAACUUCAUGCCGUUAUAUAGCUAUACAAAUUGUUGUGUAAAUAUGGAUGUCCAGUGAGAGAUUACAUUACUGUAGGCUGCACUAUAAAUAAUCCUAUUAAGUAGAACACCAAUUAGGACUACUUCAUAAAUGAAUUUGCUAUUGAUUGUGUCCAUUCAUCACAAUCAGUUAUUUACCUUUGGCCCAAUUCUGCCAUUCUUGAGUCACACUAAGUCAGACCUUACACCACUGGUAGUACUAUUAAAAUCAGUGCAUGUGGGGUAAGGUACAACUCAACAUAAGGGCGGUACUGGGUGGUCUCUGAAUAUUAGAGGUCUGAUCUUGCUUACACCAGUUUAAACCAAGAGUUACCACUGAAGUCAAUGGAGCUACACCAGAGUAAAACCAUUAUACAUAACAUUAGACCCAGGCCCUAGACAUAUAUUUAAUUAUUUUGUUUCCAGAUUGUAUCAAAUUAUUAAGAUAUUUGGACUCAACUGAGUCCAUUAAAAUGCUAAAAUUACUCCAAAACAGGAAAUUAUAAACUAUACCCUAUUUGCAAAAUCUCAUGGAUAUCUUGGAUAAGUGAAUAGCAAUGAGUAGAUGUGGUUUCAGUGAGUGUGGAAGUUCCACAUAAAGAAGUCAAUGUUUAUCUAAAUGCUGUAAAAACACCUUUAUUUAUGACUCAGGAGACUAAACACACAAUUCAUUGCCAGUUGCCGUAGUAGUAAUUUCUGAGAUGAAAGAUCUCUCUUAGGCAUAGCACAGGGGUAGUGACAGCAGAUGGUUUCAACAGAAGCUGGCAAAUGGCUGACAAGAGUGUGGAAAAUGAAAAAGUGUCCCAGAAUCUCAAGGAAGGUAAUCUAUAACAAUUAAAAUCUCUCUAACAUGUCUGCAACUGGCAAAAGUCUUUGAAUUUUUACUUUACCUUCCUGUGUAAAGCACUCUGAAAGCAACAGAUGAAAAUUUCUAAGAGCUAAGUAUAACAAUGACUUUUUGUGUUAGCAUUUGGAUUCUGGUAAUCAGAACCAAUAGAAUUUCCCACUGUCAUUUGAUUAUAGAAUUAUUAUCUUCAUUGCUUCGUUCUAUGCCAAAGUUGAAAUGGACAAGUUAAUAGAUUUUCUAAUUAAAAGAAAAAUGACUGGAAAAUUAUUUGUUAAAUAGUGUUUGUUUCUCUUCAGUAACAAGAGAUGCCUAUUAAGCAAAAAUAUUUACAUAAACUACAUUAAUUCCUUUAGUAGGAAGUAGUCAUGGGGGAUUGUCUGAAUGUGACUGGCACCUUUAAGAGGGAAUGUGUCCAGUUCAUCUAUGGAUGACUCCUGAUAGAAGGCAUCUGUCCUCUAUAAAGAUCCAGUCAACAGUUGAGAAAAGAGAGUAGGAAGGAGGAGCAGGGAGCUUGCAGUAGUUGUGAGAGACCUGACAAAGCCCUAGUUGAAAGCUGGCAGAGAGAGAACUGGUGAGAGCUGUGGGAGAAAAUGGCCAGGGUGAGGGAACCCUGCUGAUUAUAAGGUUUGUGCAGAAGUCAUGAAAGUAAAGGAGGAUGAACCAUGUUAGUUAAGGAAGGUUCAGCCAAGGAAAGGAGGGUUGAUUCUGGAGAGAGGUUCCCCUGAGAAGCUGCUCAGCAGGGUUGCAGAUGAAAGGGGGAAGCUGAGUUGAGGGCUAGGAAAGAAGAGUUGCAAGGAACAUGGAGAACUGUCAGAUGUGUGGAAGCCCUGGCACAGGAAUAAAAAAAAUAGGGACUAUUAACUGUGAGGUAGAUGGCUUGAAGAGGGGGGUUCUGGAACUGGGCCAAGCAACUAGGGACCAGUGUGGCUGUUACCUCUUGGUUGGGUGGCCUACAGAUUGUGACUGUGGAGGGGGGGAUGGAGAACUGCUGCAUUUUAACUUGUUUCACUUUUGGGUUUUAAGAACUGUCUCCCUUUUAAGAAUCUGCAGAGGGUUGCACUAAAUUACAUCUGGACACAGGGCUUGAAUUGGAUUCUGUGCAGGAGACUAUUCCUGGGUGUAUUCACGUUAUCAGCUGAACACUUCUUCCCUUACACUGCUAUUUUUCCAAAAAACUCUGGAGAAAAACAUGGAGUCAAAGUGACAAGUAAUGGAGUGGCAAGCUUAUUUUAAGAGGUUUCCUGUCUCAUUUUUCCAAAUCUCACGUUGCUGGGGAUGCAGUGUGUACAUUAGGUUUUUAAAUAGUUAUUUUACUAAACUGUUGCAGAACAGGUCAUAUACCUGUUAUGGAUAUGAGCCCUGACCUGACUAUAGUGUUGCAAGGCACUCCCCUCUGCAGCGCGGGAGGAUGGGCUGAGGGGAGUUGGUCUUUGGUAUUCUUAAAACGAUGAAUGAUUUCGGUGGAGAUGGAGGUGUGAGAACAAACCCUUGAAUGAUGCAACCUGGGGUGGUUUAUUGCGUGCACUCUGGACAGGUGUUCAGCGAGGUGGGGGCGGCGCCAGGGACAAAUACCAACAGCCAAGGCCUCUACGCUCGUUUACACCCUGCAGCUCCCGCUGACGUUAAUGGGCUGAUCACCGUGUAAGUCUGUGCACAACGUGGCGCUAAAUGUUGGGCGCAGAUGCGUUGUGCGGAGCCUCAGCCGCCUCCUUUCCCCAGCUCCUCUGGCUCUACGGCCCCGUGCUGUGAGCGCGCUGGGGGCUGCACGGUGCCAGGCUGGGCCCGGCAGGCAGCGCCUCCAGCUUGGCCCAAUUCCCUCACCCAACCCUGCCCGUGUGCGGCCGCGCCAGGCCCCUCCCUGUCAGCGUCAGCGCAGCGCGCGGGGGUGGGGCGGGCAGGCCUUGUCCCACUCUCUCACCAGCCCCGACAGCGGGGCUCGAGGGGCGUGUGAUUGCCCGAGAGGGCGGGACGGCCGUCACCUGAUGGGGGGCAC